UUAGUUUAUGCGCACGAGCUUCUGGGUAAUAUCAAUAUGGCGGGAUUGAAUGGAGUAUUAAAAAAAAAGUGAGGUGAGCUCUCUAGCAUAGCUCUGUUACAAUACAAUCGAAAUGCCUCGUUCGAAGAGAAAUCUAAGAGGCAGUGCCAAAGUGAAUAAAAUGGAAUUGGAAGAUAAAGAAAGUUCCCAUGCUACCGACAGCGAUUUUGACGAAGAUGAGGAUCCGGAUACUAUUGAAGUUCCAGGUGGUGGUAAGAACUUAGCAACAGCUGUCUCUUUGGGCACUCGCAAUUCUAGCGAAGCUAAAGACAGUUUGAAAGAGCUGGAACAAUUUACUAAACAACAACAACAGACACCUUCAGCGAAGCCCAUGCAAUCCGGGAUGCUCCUCCCUGCUGCUGUCAGUCAACCAAAUAAAGCGGGCAGCAAGAUUCCUGGAGGACUUGUAACCAAGGGCAACAUGACACCUGGGUUCGAAAUGGUGAGAGGUGGCUCUCUUGGAGGUGGAACAGCGGGUUAUCCCGGGUUGCAGUCAGCUGCUGCCACUAUGCUUGGAGCUCUUAACUAUCCUUCACCCCUUGGAUUCACUGGAAUGCUUCCACCUAAUAUCAAUCCCGCACAAUACCUUCAGCAAACCUUGGAUAUGGGGAACUUCUCGAACAUGGGUCUCAACCCAUUUCUGCUGCAAAGUCUACAAGGAAUGGGAAACAAUGGAUCUGCAUUACUCAACCAACUCCUUAACCAAGGAGGAAUGCAUCCAUGGGCGGGCUCUAUGGGCCCUAAACCUCCUCAUUUCUGGAUGAGCGAUGAAGCAAAGAGUGAUGACUUGGAUUAUGACUUGGAGUGA